UGAGGUGCAACGUCCGGGCUCAAGGAGCCGCCUCUUUGGAGUCUGUCACCCAAACGACGCUAAAGUCGUUUAUAUUUCAGGAAAUCGAUAGAAAAGGAAGCGCCACCUCUAAAGCUCAGCUGACGGGAAGUGGGGUGUGCAGCUGAGAUUUCGAGAGGAAGGAGACCCCAAAGACAAGGGUGGACCCUGGCACCCUGCGCGCCGCCGGCUCAUCACAUAGGUAACACGAAAAAGCUGGGGAGUUGGUGGCGUCCAGGAGUGAGGAACCGGAGAAAGGAUGGGUACUCUGGGGAAAGUGAAGCAAGAAGAAAAAAAGUGAAGCAAUGGCUGGCGCCGAGGUCGGCUGUCAAACAAACAAACUUAGAAAAAGUAGUGGGGAGGAGGGAAGAGGCGGCGUCUACAUGGGAAAUCUAGAUCAGAGAAAGAUGGACUCUGCGAAUGGGAGGCAGUCCACUUUAGAAAGUGGGGCCGUGUCCUGGACUCCAACGCCUGGAGGAGGGAAGCUGUCUGUUUGGGAGGGAUUGCGGAUGGUCUACGGUGGAAAUGGGUGAGGGGAUCGUCGGGGUGAGGGGAACUGUGGAAAGGGGUCUACACUGGGGUAAGUGCGGGAGUAGAGGUCUCUGCAAUAACUAGAGGGAGGGCUCCACCUUGGAAGUGGGAGUACCUGCAUUGAGUGACGUGGGGGGAGGGAGGGGCUUUCAAUGGAAGAGGGAAGGGCUACACUGGCGAAAUUGAAGGAAGUAGAGGCACCUACACAGAAGAAGCUGGGGAAAGGAGUAGGGGGUGUAAGAUGGGCUUGGGGGAGAGUUCUCGCUGAAUUAGAGAUCCUCCCUGGAGGAUGGGGAAAAGUCUCCUGUUUGUACCCCAGGAAAAUAUAGGUGAGAGACCUGCGCCGCAGCUCGUGAGAGGGAGGUCUGGGUGCAGAACUCUUGGACCAGGUGGGCCUGGGAGGCCGCCUCUACCCAGGAACUGUGCUCUGCGCGCAGGCCAGACCAUGGGAACCCAAAAGCCUCGAAUCCUGCCCUGGCUGAUAUCUCAGCUGGACCAGGGGCAGCUGGAGGGCGUGGCCUGGCUGGACCAGAGCCGCACGCGCUUCCGCAUCCCUUGGAAGCACGGCUUGCGUCAGGAUGCCCAGCAGGAGGACUUCGGUAUCUUCCAGGCCUGGGCUGAGGCCAGCGGUGCCUACACUCCUGGGAAGGAUAAGCCCGACCUGCCCACCUGGAAGAGGAAUUUCCGGUCCGCCCUGAACAGGAAAGAAGUGUUGCGUUUAGCAGAGGACCACAGCAAGGACCCCCAAGACCCACACAAGAUCUAUGAGUUUGUGACCUCAGGAGCUGGGGACUUACCUGAGCCAGACCCCUCUCUAGACACCAAUGGCAGAUGUACCUCUGAUACCCAGGAAGACCUGGAGAAAUUACUGAGUGACAUGGACUUGGCCCCAGAUGGAGGGCUCUCGAGUCUGCCCGUGGCCCCUGAGAACCCCCCUCAGCUCUUGCUGAGCCCCAACUUAGAUGUCCCUGCUCCUUGCCCAAAUCCCGGACUCCCUGAAAACCCACUGAAGCAACUGUUGGUGAGCGAGGAAGACUGGGAGUUUGAGGUGACCGUCUUCUACCGGGGCUGCCAAGUCUUCCAGCAGGCUGUCUUCUGCCCAGGGGGCCUGCGGCUGGUGGGAUCAGAAACAGGGGACAGCAUGCUGCCCGGGCAGCCAAUAAGACUGCCAGACCCCGCGGCGUCCCUGACAGACAGGGGCGUGAGAGACUACGUGCAGCGUGUGCUGAGCUGCCUGGGUGGGGGACUGGCUCUGUGGAGGGCUGGGCAGUGGCUCUACGCCCAGAGGCUGGGGCAUUGCCAUGUGUACUGGGCCGUGGGCGAGGAACUCCUCCCUAACAGUGGUCACAGGCCUGAUGGUGAGGUCCCCAAGGACAGGGAAGGAGGCGUGUUCGACCUGGGGCCCUUCAUAGCAGAUCUGAUUGCCUUCAUCGAAGGAAGCAGACGCUCACCACGCUACACUCUCUGGUUCUGCGUGGGACAGUCAUGGCCCCAGGACCAGCCAUGGAUCAAGAGGCUCGUGAUGGUGAAGGUUGUCCCCAUGUGCCUCAGGGCCCUACUAGAUAUGGCACGAGAAGGGGGUGCAUCCUCCCUGGAGAACACUGUGGACCUGCACAUUUCCAACAGCCACUCACUCUCCCUCACCUCAGACCAGUACAAGGUCUACCUCCAGGACCUGGUCGAGGACAUGGAUUUCUAGGUCACUGGGGAGGCCCGAGCCCUCGCAUUUCACCUCGACCAAUAAACUGGUUCCAGUCAUGGUCA